UGGUCUCCCUUGACACAUCAUCAAUGGCCAGGAACCUUAAGCAGACACACUCUACUGCUCCCCACCCACAGAAAAUUUACAGAAGUCAAAAGUUUCCUAUUUCCAUUUUACACUCAAACAGCGGGGCCCAGUUUAUUUCAGUGUACUGUAGCUCAGCCGAGGGCCUUUAAGAGUAGUUGUGAGUGAAGGAUAUAGAAUAAGAGAGCGAGAGACAGUUUUUGGUUUUUCGUUGAGUGAGAGGAAAUUUUGAAACAUUGUGCAAUGGUGCCGCAAAAGUUUUGAAAGGUUGUGAGAGUGUUUUGCCAGCAAAGCUUCUGAGAGUCGGACCGUUGGAGAAGAGGUCUCCAUGUUGCAUCCGUACAGAAUGGAGAGCUAUCUCAUCCCGUCUCACGCAGAAGAAAUGUACGACCCUGAGAUCUACAGACACCAGAUUGCAGAAUAUUAUCCAUAUGUCUUAGAUACAGAAAUUCAGCAAGAUCACUGGGACUACCACCCUCACCCGCACAUUCACCCUGUAGAGUUUGAAAACCUGCAAGAGAGCAACUUCACAGAGCUGCAGAGUGUGCAGGCGCUCCACCCGCAGGGCAUCAUAAGACACGAGGCUGUACGGUACGAUGCAGAAAGCCUGCUUGAUCCCAACCUGGGGGCACAUGCACAUGUGUUACAGCAACCAGUCACAUUCUUCCCUCGGACUGUGUACCCUCCACACGUGUCCCAGCGCAGCUCCGAUGAUGAGGAUCAUGGAGGACGAAGUCCCCCGCUGGAGGUGUCCGACGAGGAGUGUCUCAGAGAUCGAAUCUCUUAUGUCACAGCAGGAGAUCUAGGUAACAAAAAGAAGAUUCGUCUGUACCAGUUCCUGUUGGACCUUUUACGAAACGGUGACAUGAAGGACAGUAUCUGGUGGGUGGACAGAGAUAAAGGGUCGUUCCAGUUUUCUUCCAAACACAAGGAGGCCCUUGCGCACCGCUGGGGAAUCCAGAAGGGAAACCGCAAGAAAAUGACCUACCAGAAGAUGGCGCGUGCCUUACGCAACUACGGCAAAACAGGGGAGGUGAAGAAGAUAAAGAAGAAGCUGACGUAUCAGUUCAGUGACGAGGUCCUGGGCAAGACUCACCUGGAGAGAAAAGCGUAUGUGUAGAAAGAUACUGAAGGGAGAUUUGACUUUGGAAGCAUUUCUGUUAUUAAAUGAACCUUUUCAGUCUGGUCGCCGUCUUUGCGUGAAUAACCUGACUGCUGCUCCACAGACAGAUCAGUUAUUCAAAGGAACAAGCUAAUGAAACAAGAGACAAAAUCAUUCUGCCUUAACAAUAUUCGUACUGAAAGUUGCAAGUGGGUGCUCAGGUAUAUGAUUAUCUCCUCUUAGUCAAUCUUUCCAUUUUCGCCCCCUCAGAAAUAGUCCAGCUUGAACAUGGUAUCGUUGGCUAGCUAACGUAACGUAUAAAUAGACAGCAACACAAACGUUAGCGCUCUUUAAGUAGUCAACUAUGCUUAUGCAAACAUUUAACCACUCCACCUCCCAUCGCGCAGUGACUUUCAAACAUAACUGUUAACUCAGAAGUGGCUAAAUGCUAGUUAGCCGUGUAGCAAUGUUAGCUAACAGAUUGUUGAAUGUCGUUUUUUAAUGACUAUAAGUCCCCUAGUCACUCCGGUUUCUCACUAUCCAUUGUUUUUGUUGCUGCUAAGAGCCUGCAAGCAGUAAAAGGACUAUAAAAUGUCAGAUUGUGGAUGUUUAUACGACUUUAAGACCUGGAACUAUGCAGCAACAUGCUAACGAUAUUUGAGCGUCCCAUUCUGAGUGUGAUUUCAAGUGGGAACAUGGACUAGGGCCUAAAGCUGCUUUGUACUGCAGCAAUGUUGGCCAUAGUUGGAAUGUUGCAGGUCUGGUACUAUUUGUGUUCACUAUUAGCAAUAGCAAUAUCCCGACUCAAUGAUAGUUUCCAGAAUAACUUCACUCAUCGUUGCUUAUGUUUCCUGAUCUGAGUGUUGCAUCUUAUUUUGUUAUUGUUUUCUGAAGUUUUUUUUUUUAAAAUGUGUUGUUAGAAAAUAAUUGGCCACUACUUUUGUUGAGAAAAAAAAGAACCCUUCCUAAGUAUCUUCAGUUUUUUCAGAGACACAGUGGCGAUAUAUCUCAGCUCAGCAUUAAGACAACAAACAUUGAGAAACAGCCAACCUUAGCCCCCCUCCAGCACCUCCCAAGCUCACUAAGAGACUCUUCCAUAGGGGUGUACUCGGUGCCACCAUGUCCGAAAGAAAUUGCGCAAGAGUCCCUCUUCGAUUAGAUACAACAUUACAAAUUUCCUUCCCUGGUGCCCUUUCAUUGUAAAAUGCAUGAAAAGGUCCCUCUGGAGCCCCUCAAAUGUAUAAAAUGGAACAAAAAGUGACCUCUGCAUGUCUUUGUAGUUAAUUAUGAUAUGUUAUGUUAAUUUGUAAUGUAUCAAUAAUAUAGAAAUAUAUUAAUAGUGUUGUGUUUUCCCUUUGCAUAAUACAAUUUCCACUACAAUUGGUCACAAAGGUACUCAUCACGAUGCAGGGAAUUAAGUUUUAAAUGCUCAAAAUGUCCUAGGGGGGGGAACCACAGACUCCCCUCUUGUUCCCGCUGCAUCAUUACAUUUAAAUUCACCCUAAAUUAGGGGUUUGAAAGGGGGUGCCCUUUUUUUUUUCUUUCGCCCCUGCCCCUCAAACAGCCUGAGUACAGCACUGCUCUUCCUUGCAGCUUAAAUGAAGACCCUUUGUCACUAUGAUCCGGUUCGUAAUGUCAAAAGCUUCUACAUGUACAAAUCUGUGUGUGUUAUUUCUGUAAAUGUCUUUUCUUAUGUAGGAAUAUUCCAAAUGUAGUUUUGUAACAGGGGACCACUUUUCAUCCUCAGAGAUGUGUGUCAGACAUGCUCAAGUUCUCUUUUAGUUUUACUGUUUGUUUGUACAUAUCAAUAUUUAAACAGUGAGGGGACAAAAAGAAGCCAUUAAAGAGAUAGUACUGUGAUUACUCACACCAGAAAUGAAAUGUUGUGUACAUAUAUGAAACUCUUUCUCUGUGUAACAUGAUUGCUUGUAAAUAAAGAAAUUGUUCAUGAAUGAA